AUGUUUGCCUCCUUCAUCGAACCUAAAGUCAUCAUGGAGAAAUCCCUGACAGAGUUAAAUAAAGCUGGCUCCCGCUCAACAUCUUCGCUGCCACCCGAACCGGUGGACAUCAUUCGCAGCAAGUCAUGUUUCCGCAGAGUCAGGCUGAAUGUUGGGGGUCUCCCGCAUGAAGUCUUGUGGCGAACGUUAGAUAGGCUACCACGAACGCGUUUGGGAAAGUUAAGAGAUUGCAACACCCAUGAAUCUCUGAUGGAGGUGUGCGAUGACUACAACCUUGAGGAGAACGAGUACUUUUUCGAUCGACAUCCGGGAGCGUUCACGUCGAUUCUGAACUUCUACCGCACGGGCAAGCUGCACAUGAUGGAAGAAAUGUGCGCCCUGUCGUUCAGUCAGGAGCUCGACUACUGGGGCAUCGACGAGAUCUACCUGGAGUCGUGCUGCCAGGCGAGGUACCACCAGAAAAAGGAGCAAAUGAACGAGGAGCUCAAGAGAGAGGCCAACAACAUGAAAGACAGAGAGGGAGAAGAGUUUGACAACACUUGCUGUGCUGAAAAACGGAAGAAGCUCUGGGACCUCCUGGAAAAGCCCAGCUCAUCUGUUGCAGCAAAGAUCCUGGCCAUCAUCUCCAUCCUCUUCAUCGUGCUAUCCACCAUCGCCUUGUCUCUGAACACCCUUCCAGAGCUGCAGGACACAGAUGAGUUUGGCCAGUCCUCAGACAAUCCACAGCUGGCACAUGUGGAAGCUGUGUGUAUUGCCUGGUUUACCAUGGAGUACCUCCUUCGCUUUCUCUCCUCCCCCAACAAGUGGAAGUUCUUUAAGGGUCCUCUGAAUAUCAUCGACCUGCUGGCCAUCUUACCUUACUACGUCACCAUCUUCCUGACAGAAUCCAACAAGAGUGUACUGCAAUUUCAGAACGUCCGCCGCGUGGUCCAGAUCUUUCGGAUCAUGCGUAUCCUGCGUAUUCUGAAGCUGGCUCGACACUCCACAGGUCUUCAGUCUCUGGGCUUCACUCUCAGGAGGAGUUACAAUGAGCUGGGCUUGCUCAUCCUUUUCCUGGCCAUGGGCAUCAUGAUCUUCUCCAGCCUGGUGUUCUUCGCUGAGAAGGAUGAGGAGGAUACAAAGUUUAAAAGCAUUCCAGCUUCUUUCUGGUGGGCUACUAUUACUAUGACCACAGUAGGCUAUGGCGAUAUCUACCCAAAAACUCUUCUGGGAAAGAUAGUGGGGGGUUUAUGUUGCAUAGCUGGAGUACUGGUGAUUGCCCUACCUAUUCCCAUCAUUGUAAAUAACUUCUCAGAAUUCUACAAGGAGCAGAAGAGGCAGGAGAAAGCACUUAAACGAAGGGAGGCCCUAGAGAGGGCAAAGAGAAAUGGUAGCAUUGUCUCCAUGAACUUGAAAGAGGCAUUUGCUCGUAGUGCAGAGCUGAUGGAUGUGGUGGUAGAGAAGAGUGAGAGGCCUCAUGACAACCACCUCUCUCCAAGCCGUUGGAAAUGGACCCCAAAGAGGGCUGCAUCAGAGACAAGCUCAAACCGUUCCUUCAAUGCCCAGGAAUUAGGCUCUCCCAACAAGGCCCGAGCCAGCAGUCCCCAGAGGCUAAAUGUUCAGAAGCUAGAGGAAAUGUACAACCAGAUGGCCAAGACACAAUCCCAGCCAAACCUCAAUGCUAAAGACAGGGGCUCCAGAGCUGGCAAACAGAGGGAUGAGAUGGAGCUGGGGGCCAUCCAAGAUCACGGGCCACCCGUGCUAGGAACCAGAGAAGGGGUGGGGGACAUGAAAAGCUUGUCCAGUAUCGACAGCUAUAUAAGUUGUGCUACAGACUUCCAGGAGAAUCCACGCUUCCCCCAUAGUCCAGCAAUGGACCUUGGUCAUCAGGAAAGUAACCGGCUCUCCCAUAGUCCGGCUACAGCUCUGUCCCUGCAUGGCAGUGCAAAAACAGGUCAGCAUACCACUGGGGAGCGUGAGCCCAUGUUGACCCCCGUGUCUGUCACAAAGCCCUCAUACUCAGAAAAUGCACGGAAAUUCUUCUUUUCUGGCAACUCCUCAAAAAGCCUUAUCCCCAAAGGAAGCUGUCGCAGUGAGGGGGAGUCAGGCCCGUCCCCGCUUUCAGACAGCUCAGUCCUGUCAGACCACUCUCUGUUAAGCCCUGAAGUUUCUGUCUACACCACUGCCAGCAGCAGAACCCCACCGAAGUCCCCAGAGAGCGCUGCCCUUGUCCCAACUGUCUUCACCUUCCAUGACUCCUCCAUCAGCAAAUACAUCGACGCAGAUACAGAUGAUGAUGAGCACCUCCGCGACGUCUCUGACGCCAGUCCCUCAGAGCGGCUUUUGGCCGGUUCAAGCCCGAAACGCAGCAUCAAUAUCAAUUACCAGAAAGGCACCAACCAUUUAGAGGCAGCCCAAAAAAUGCUGGGCCAAAACUGUCUGUUCCCCAUCGAAGGGAUUCGUGGGGUAGCUCAUGAGAAUCAUGUAGGACCUGAGAUGGCACGUAGACCAAAGGUUGAGAGGGGACGUCAAAACACUUUGGAUACAAGUCUUUGA